UCCUCCUUCGAGCUCGAGUCAUGCUGAUCCAAGUCGUUGCCCACUCUUCACAGCUUCUUUACGGUAAUCAACGUACAGAGAUGCGGUCUAGGAUACUCUCUGUGACUUCUGCCAGUGCAUCACCAUUCGAGCAAAUUCUCCAGCUUGGUUCUGCUGCUGUCAUUAUUUUCGAACACUCUUUCUACAUUUUCGACCAGCGACGCCAUCUUAAGGACCAGCAAGAAUCUGUUUCCUCUUUUCAUGUCGCUCUCGAGCGGUAUAUGGCGUCUCCGCAAGCAAUUGCUGUCAGGGACGCCGUGAACACUGCUGUCAGUGACGCCGUGAACACUGCCGUCCACGCAAAUCAAGGAAACUCGACUAAUUGGAAAGCGAAGCUACUGUUUGGACGUUUCCGGAGGAAGGACAGACAAUCUAAGGAUUACUCGGGUUUACUCGAAACAAUUCUUAAAAUCGCUUUAGAACAUCGUCUGCGUAUGUUUUAACACGACCUUGAUGUCAGGCAAUGGAUCACGACGUAGAUGAUGCUUAGAGUCAUAUCCUGGAGACAAAUGAGGGUUUCUAGAAUGGUCUGUCGAGGGCGGUUUAAAUUUUG